UGGCAUCGCGAAAAUAUUGACAGUAACGACUUGUGAUCGCCGCAAGUUAAAAGCAUAGUGUUUAAAGAUGAAGUGUUUUGCGGGUUUACUUUUGCUGUUUGUGUUGUUGGGUGUGAACGCUUACGACUUCGAUGAUAGUGCCUUCAAUGACUAUCUCUUCAAGGAGCUGCAGUCUCAUUACGAAGAAGACGAAGUGUAUUCGCAUAGAACACGUCGCGAAUCCAUAGAUGCCAUAGAGUGUUCUAAGCGUAACUGGAAAAAGGAUAUGCAGUGUUGUAAGGGCGGUAAUGUGAACGGUGAUCAGUUGGAGCUCUUCAAAAGCGUGAAAAAACAGUGCAUUACCGAUUUGAAAGGCGAACCUGCUGAUGACGCCUUUGAUCCCUUCGACUGUGAGAAGAUGCAGCAAGUUAAAGAACAAAUGAUUUGUAUAACCGAAUGCGUAGCGAAACGGUUCCAAAGUCUCGAUGAGCAUGGCGAACUGCAACGUGAGGCUAUUUUGAAGGGAUUGCGAGAACAAAUCGGUACCGUACAAUGGAAGCUCGAUGCAAUUGAAGGCUAUGUAGACACCUGCCUGGCUGAGGUGAAGGAGAAGCGCGAACAAAAGCAAAAGGCGGGUGAAUUGAAGGAGGAGGGCUGUAGUCGUGCGCCAUUGGCCUUCCAUAGUUGCAUGUGGCGACAGUUUUGGAAUGGUUGCCCGGCAGAUUUACGUGUCGAUUCGCCAAAGUGCAACAAAUUACGUGAACGCGUCGCCAAUGGUGAUACGCGCUUCUUUGGCAAACACUUCCUACACAAAUACUACCCCAGUCCACGCGAUGAAGAGAAAAUUGAAAAAUAACUUUUUUAUUUCACAGCAAUAUUAUUUAAUUGAAAAUAUUGUAUAUGAAUAAAGUUAUUGGAAGCAAUUAAAAAGUGCAAUGAAAACCAUUUUGCUUCAUUGCAGGCAUUUUUAGUGGCUUUCAGCAGCAGCAACAUA